UACGCGUACUCGUGUGGUUUUUGACUGCUCUUUGCAAUCCAACAAAAAGGUAUCUCUAAAUGAUAUUUUGCUAAAUGGAGGUCCGGUACAAAAGGAGUUGUUUGACAUAAUGCUUUUGUUCCGGCUAGGCGACUAUACUUUCUCCACAGACAUACGGCGCAUGUUUAGAUGUGUUGAUAUUAAUCCGAUGCAUGCCAAAUUGCAAAAUAUAUUGUGGAGGAGCAAUCCUACCGAGCCUCUCAAAUGUAUACAAUUAGAUACUGUUACUUACGGGCAAAAAAGUAGUACAUAUUUAAGCACUCGAUGCUUACUUGAGCUUGCAGAUAGGUAUGGAAGUGAGUACCCACUUGGAGCUUACAUACUAAGAAAUUGCACCUAUGUAGAUGAUAUGUGCUUUUCAAACUCUGAUUUGAAUGUUAUAAUUCAAGCAAAAUUGCAAUUAUGUGAGUUGCUAAGUAAGGGUAGCUUCUAUACACACAAGUGGGCAUCCAAUGAUCAGAGAGUAUUAGAGGGCAUUCCUAAUGAUAAAAGGCAGUUUGAUGACUUAGACUUCCAAAAGGAUAAUUUAUAUUUAAAAACUUUAGGUUUAAAGUUGAAUAUGCAAAAGGAUUGCUUUGUUUUUUCCUGCCCUGAGGCCUUUAAUAAGGAAAAGCCUACCAAAAGAGACAUAUUAAGUUAUAUUUCAAAGUUUUAUGAUCCGCUAGGUUUUAUAGCGCCAAUUAUCAUGAAGGCUAAGGCUUUCAUGCAAAAAAUAUAUGCUGAGAAUAUAGGUUGGAACCAGGUUCCUUCAGCUUUGCUGCUUCAGGAGUGGCGUUCAUUUGCUUUUAAGUUAUCUCAAAUGGAGCCCUUCAUUAUUAAAAGGAACCUGAACAUCCCCUCCAAGGCUCAAUUGCAAUUAAUUGGGUUUGCUGACGCAUGUAGCACUACGGGUUAUGGUUGCUGUGUGUAUCUUCGGGUGGUCGACGAACAAGGUAAUGCUACGCUAUCAUUACUUUGUGCUAAGUCUCGCAUCAACCCCCGCAAUAAGGGUACUCUAAGCAUAGCCCGCUUAGAAUUGUGUGCUAUGUUGCUGUUAUCGAAAUUAAUCACUCGAGUUUAUGAUACGCUAAAGGCGCAAUUAAAUAUACAAGAUGUAUAUCUGUUUUCUGACUCGCAAAUCGCGUUAGCAUGGGCAAAAACAGAGCCUUUAAGGCUCCAAGCUUUUGUUGCAAAUCGGGUGAGGUUGAUUCGAGAUCUUACAGAUAGAUGGCGCUGGCUGUACGUCUCCAGUGAAGAAAAUCCUAGCGACUGCCUGAGCAGAGGUACAGAUCCAGAUGAGCUGCGUCGCAUACCUAUGUGGCUGCAUGGACCAAGCUUUCUACAGGACGAAUGAAGGCUCAGUGUGCG